UGUGUACGGUAGUCGCGGCUGCGUUGCACUACAUCUAUAGCGCCGUCUUUUGCCUCAUGCUUGCAGAAAGCAUUGGUAUUCUGAGUGACGUUAUUCUAGUUUUUGCACAAACAUCACCACUACGCAAGCUGUUAGUGUUUGCAUGGGGUGUUCCUGUUAUCAUAGUUGGAAGUGCACUUUCAAUAACAAAAACAAAUGGAUAUGGCGACGAUCAUUACUGCUGGUUGUCUCUAUCUCGUGGACUCAGAUGGGCAUUUGUUGGUCCAGCCUUGUUCGUAAUACUGUUCAACAGCAUUGUCUUGAUUAUAUUGUUUAAGAAAAUGUUUGCUCUAAAAUCAAUGGAAGACAAGCCAGUUAAAGACAAGAUCAAGACAACUCUUUGGUCUCUUUGCGUGCUCGUGCCUCUGAUGGGCAUCUCCUGGAUUCUCGGCAUCUUCUACGUCAACGAGUCGGCCUCAUUCAUGCAAUAUGUGUUCGCAGUCUGCAACGGGCUGCAGGGCGUUUAUAUCUUCGUAUGCAACUGCGUGUUAAAUGAAAAGGUUAAAGAUGGCUUCAAGAGGGAGAAAAUAUGGCGUUUAAACAAAUCGAUAUGACGAGUGGUUAUCACUGAAUCUGCGUAACGUGUCGAAAGAAUCAACCGAUGAACGACGUGAUUGCGAUUAAGACAACACUGAAUCUGAUCCAUCCGUGUGUUAUGUGCAUCCAUGUCGGUUCGAACCUUCAAAAGGAUCGUAUUACCAAACCAGGAGAUUCUGGCACUCAAUUGAUAUGGAACAGCAAGCAACGUGUGGAUUUGAUUAAUUCACAUGACUUAUCUUGAUAAAACAAAUGAUAUGAAGGGAGUGUAAUAGAAGUGUUCCAUUUUAUGUUUUAUUCAUAUAUCCAUUAUUCAAUUAUUCAUGAGCAUUUGCAGGUUUUCGAACGUUUUAUAACCAUUCUAGAGAAAAUUCAUUUAUUCCGACCAAAAAAACAAAU